AAUGAUUAACUGUAUAAUCAAAGUGGCAUUAUUUGUGGCUUGCGUGCUGUCUGUCCGCUGCAAAGAAGCGGCGCCGGGAUCCUUGAACCCUUUGCCGGGAAUGGAGACGCAAACCGUAGCUCAGGAAACUUGCUCUUCGUGUGGCAUCGGCCAGCCCGAAGAAUCGGGACAGGUGGACAUUGACUUUCUGGAGGCGGUGAAAAGGCAUAUCUUGAGCAGGUUACAGAUGAGGGUAAGACCCAACAUCACCCAUCCUAUCCCGAAGGCGGCGAUGGUGACUGCGCUUCGGAAACUCCAUGCGGGUAAAGUGCGCGAGGAUGGGAGAGUUGAAAUCCCGAAUCUGGACGGACACGCGACCAGCAAUGCCAACGAGGUGCUGGAGGAAAGCUCGGAGAUAAUCAGUUUCGCAGAGACAGAUGAGCUGGUAUCAUCCAAAUCCAGCCUGUUCUUCCUGAUAUCCAACGAGGGAAACCAGCACCUGUACGUGACCCAGGCCACCCUCUGGCUGUAUUUAAGGCUGCUUCCUAACACCCUGGACAAGGGCCAGCGGAGGAAGGUCACGGUCAAGGUGUACUACCAGGAGCCUGGUCUGGGCAGCAAGUGGAACCUGGUGGAAAAGCGUGUCGAGCUGAAGAGGAGCGGCUGGCACACCUUCCCCCUGACCAACGCUAUCCAGAUGGUGUUCGAGAAGGGCGGCCGGCGGCAGAACCUGGACGUGCGCUGUGAGGGCUGCGAGGACCUGGCGGUCUUACCGAUCCUCGUGAACCAGAACGACGAGUCCCACAGGCCGUUUCUAGUCGUACAGGCCCGGCAAGCGGACAACAAGCACCGCAUCAGGAAGAGGGGGCUGGAGUGUGACGGGAGCAGUAGCCUGUGCUGCAGACAGCAGUUCUACAUAGACUUCCGCCUCAUCGGCUGGAACGACUGGAUCAUCGCGCCGUCGGGGUACUUUGGGAACUACUGUGAGGGCAACUGUCCACCGUACAUGGCGGGAGUGCCAGGAUCGGCGUCGUCCUUCCACACCGCAGUGGUCAAUCAGUAUCGGAUGAGAGGCAUGAGCCCCGGCUCCAUGAACUCCUGUUGCAUCCCCACCAAGCUCAGCACCAUGUCAAUGCUCUACUUCGACGAUGAAUACAACAUCGUCAAGAGAGACGUACCCAAUAUGAUCGUGGAGGAGUGUGGAUGUGCUUGAGUUGAGACUGCAUGUGCUUCAAGUGGACUUUUAUGAACAUUUGUAAACAAGAAGAGGAUAUUCCAAAAUGAAUUAUACAAAUCAAAGUGAUAUUUAUGGACAAUUAUAAGGCAUACACACAUACACACACAGCUUCAUUCAUUCACACAUAUCCUACACACUCAUUCUCACAUAUGCCUGAACAAACACUUGUAUAUAUAUUUAUGUUUGUUAAUAAUAUUCUCUGAUAGAAGCCUUUUUUCUUUUGCCAACAUAUGAACAUAUGAUCCAAUCCCAUUUUUUGUGAACACGUGUUUGCAAAUUCACGUCGGUGUCAUUAUCAGAGGGAUUGGAACUAAAUGGUACUUAUCGCAUCAUAUAUUUUCCAAGAUUGCCAUUUCUAUUCUGAAAAUGGAGAGUUCUAUUUCGAUACUCUGACGAAGGUGGAAAAGAGCCUGAGAUUAUGAAGGAGGUGCACUUGCUGAUAGACAAUUCCAAACCACGCCUCUUUCCAGAAAGUAUGACUGCAAAAUGAAAGUGAAAGCCCUGACAACUCACCUCUUGUACAACUUCAGCACUUAUAACAAGAAAUACAUCUUGUUGAUGUGUCACAAGAUUCCAUUUUAUAUAAAAAAACUUUUUCAUUUUACGGCCAGCAUCCGGAAAUCAAAAUGGCUUCCAUGUCAGAAGAGUGAGCAGAACAUAAAAAUACAUUCCAACACACCAUGCAAAUGCUGAAGCUGUCAUCAAAACCUGGGAGUUUAGGCUGUGAUAUGAAACAGUGACAAUGGGGAAGAAACAUUGACCUUCCCGUUACUUCCUUCUGAAUCCUUUCUUCUUUCGUUCACUCUUUUAACGGGAUGAGUCACAUCUCUUCAACAGCUGAAGCACAACCUCUCAUUUCAGUCAGCCAAUCAAAAGCGAAGAGUUGCCAUAUUGUUUGGCUAAAGUCCUGGUGCAGCAUAGCACUUCCUAAUGCACAUUAAAUAGCACUUGCAGAUUGAAAUGCCUUUAAAGAGUACAAUGUGGUACACCGACCGUUGCUCACAAUCCUUUUAAAUAUAAGUGCCGCAUGAGCUAUGCAAUGUAUAGUAUUGACCCACAGACACCAGACAAACUGAACUUUUAGUUACAGUCAUUAACUAUUACCAGUACUUGAAAUGUAAUCUUUUGCCUCCUCUUCAAAGUGAAUGAUAGUUACAAUAUUUGCACUGAAAAGUUGCGUGAUUAGUUAAAAAAGAAAGAAACUGCCAUUGGAAAAAAACAUUUUUUUAUAGAAAGCAAAUUGAGUUCUGUUCAAAUGUAUUAUACCUAAUCAUGGAACCAAAGAGGCCAAGAUUUUUUUUGUUGCUAUUAUAAGAGGCCAUGGUAAUAUUUUGUAAAAUACUUUGUGACCAGUUAAGAGGCCCAAACACUGCAUCAGGGUACAAUAUUAUGGAUUCCAUUUUCAGUUCAACAUCUUUUUUUCUACUUUGUAUAGACAAAUAUUUUUUCAUCGACUUAAAUACUCUUCGGUUUUCUAGUUCAGCUCUUGUUCCAGAAUCAUUUAGAAAAAACACGUCAUCUCUGUACAGCUGAUGUAAGAUAU